AAGAAGAAGAAGAAGAUGCCUAUCCAGCAGUCAAUCCACAUGGCCGUGACAGGGAGCGCGUGGCCUCCACGCUUGUCAUCGAUUAUACAUUUAGAUCAAGUGUUAAUGGAGUCCGCACAUCCCAUGCUCAUUGAGCUGUUCAUGAGUCGGGAGAGAUGAUGUAUAAAUGGAGUUGCACCAUAGUAUGUGCCACUUGAGCUGUGUCAUGUGAACCUUCCUUCCACUGCAUCAGCAGAGAUAGAAGAUGAAGACCUCUCUCGUUCAUGUCCUCCUUAUCUCCUCCUUCUUCUGUCUCUCCGUUGUCGAGUCUCAGUCAUCUGACUCCUGCGCUUCAAAGCUCACCGUCGACCGUCUCAUCCCUGUCAUUAACACCACCUUCCUCAGCUGCCUCACUCCGCUGAGAUCAGCCAACUUUGUCUUGAGAUAUGCCAAGGCUGGUCCGGGCAUCUGGAGCUUCGUUCUGUCGGCCGCCGACCCCAAGUCGUACGUCGCGGUCGGCUUCUCCGGCGACGGCAGGAUGGUCGGGAGCAGCGCGAUCGCCGGGUGGAUUACUGGCUCCGGCGCCGGGAUCGCCAAGCAGUAUAGUCUCGGCGGGAAGAAGUCCAGCGGGUGCCCGCCGGACCAGGGCGACCUGUUGCUGCAAGGGACGCCGGUCGUGGCGCUGCAGUCGUCGCGGUUGUACCUCGCUUUCCAGCUCAACGUCGACCAGCCGCCGCCCUACCUCAUCUUCGCGGUCGGCCCCGACAACGGCUUCCCCUCCUCCCCGACCUUUCUCUUGCCGGAGCAUCGUGACGAAAACUCCGUCUCCGUAAAUUACACCGCCCUGGGGGUGGCGACCUCGGACAGCGGCGGGAGCGAGGAGGAGGAGGGAGGCGAGGGGGCGUUCGGAGCGGAGAGGAAGCACGCGCUUCUGGUGAUGCUGGGGUGGGGUGUGCUGAUGCCUAUCGGCAUCGUGGUGGCGCGCUACUUCAAGAACUGGGAUCCGCUCUGGUUCUACUCCCACCUGUCGAUCCAAGGGCUUGGGUUCGGACUGGGCCUGGCCGGGGUCAUACUUGGGUUCGGCCUCGACGACGACGGCAUCAGCGGCGUGGGCGUCCACGAGGGCCUCGGUAUUGCCAUUCUAGUCGGUGGCUGCCUUCAGGUGACCGCCCUGCUUGCUCGCCCCGGCAAAGCAUCCAAGGUGAGGAAGUACUGGAACUGGUACCACCACUACGUCGGCAGGGCCGCCGUGGUGUGUGCGGUGGCGAACGUAUUCUACGGCUUCAAGAUAGCCGAGGAGACCAAGUCGUGGAACAUUGGCUAUGGCGUUUUCGUGGCGGUGUGGGGGUUCAUCGCCAUAUUUCUGGAGCUCAGAAGGUGCAUGAGCGAGGAGUGAGACGUGCGGAGCUGUUGCUGUCAUCACCGAGGAAGAAAUAGCUGUGUCACUCACCGUGUUGGGACUGUGCGGCGUUGGCCUCUCUCUUUGCUUUCUAUGUAAAAGAGUAGCGGUGAUAUGUUAUGUGUCCAACGAUAUAUAUCACACAUUUGGGAAUCUACUUUGUUUUUAGGAUAAU